AAAAAAAGGAUCAAGAUAGAAUUAGAGAUCAAAAGAAAGAAGAAAGUUAUAAAAAAAUUAAAGAAGAAAAUUCAAAUAAAACACCUCUAAAUCAACGAGAUACUGAUUUUUUGAAAGAAGAAAUUAAACUUCAAAGAAAAGAAAAACUUGAAAUAUUUGAACAAGAAAUUAAAAAAAAACAUCAUCCACUUACCCUUCAACUAUUAUUAAAAAGAGAAAUUAUUAGAAUGUGUAAAUCUUGUUUUCAAAUCACAGAUCAUAGUUUCACCCGAGAUAUUGGUGAAUCCUCUUGUUUAGAAGAAUCUCAAAUCACAGAUAUUACAAACAAAAUUAGCAAAAGUAUUAUUGAAAUGACACACGAAAAUAUUUUUUGUCCAUUUUGUUUUAAAAACAAUUUUUUAGAGAGAAAAUUACUUUUAGAGCAACCUAAAAUACUUUACAUUAAUUUCAAAAGAAAUGUUUUCAAUUAUUUAACUGGUGAUUUUGAAAAAUCAAAAAAAGAAAUUAAUUUUCAAAUAAUUAAUCAAAUUCAAAUUUUUAAUAAUAAUAAUGAUGAUUAUGAAAGAUAUUUUUAUCAAUUCAAGUCCAUAUCAAAACAUAUUGGUAGUCAUUCAAAUAAUGGUCAUUAUAUUUCAUCAGUUUUAACCAAAGAUAAUAGUGAAAUAAUCAUUUGUAAUGAUCAAAAUUUAUCAAAACUUCAAAAAUUAGAUAUUUCAUAUUUUAAUCAAAGUUGCACAAUUUUUUAUAAUUUAAAUAAUAAUAUUAAAAAUGAUCAAAAUUUAGUUUUAAAUUUAAAUAAUUUAUAUAAUUCAAUAAUUAAUGGAAAUAAUAUUCAAAAUAAUCAAAAUAAUAAUAGUAACAAUAAUAUAGAUAAUAAUAUAGAUAAUAAUAAUAAUAAUUAUUAUAAUAAUCAAUUUCAAAAAAAUAUUAAUCAAAAUAAUUUUUUAUUUGAUAGUAUUUCCAAUCAAAUUCAAUAUCAAAAUUAUUAUUAUAAAUAUUAUUCAAUUAUAAAACAAAUACAAAAUAAUAAUAUUAAUCAUCAAUCCACAAAUCUCUUAUUUUCGAAACUCUAUGGAAUUAUUAGACAAUUUAAAGAUGAUAAUUAUUUUAAAAAUGUAUUAAAAAAUAAUUCAAUUAAAACCUUAGAAUAUUUAUAUAAAUCUUUAGAAAAUUUAAAUAAUAAUAAUAAUAUAAAUAAUAAUAAUAAUAAUAAUAAUAAUUUAAAUGAUAAUAAUAUUGAUAUUGAUAUUAAUAAUGAUAAAUUAUUAAAUGAUAUAUUUAAUAUUGAAUUUGAUAGAUAUUAUAAUUCUAUAAAAAAUCACUCAAAUAUUUCCAACAAUUCAAAAAUUUUAUGUUGUGAAAUUUUAAAAUGUAAUAAUUGUCCUAUUAAAAUAAAUACAUAUCACAAAUAUUACUAUCAAAUUGAUAUUUAUAAUAAUAAAACUAAUAAUUUAUCAGAUCUUAUCAAAACAAUAAAUAAUAUUCAGAAAACAUAUUCAAAUUGUAAUAAUUGCAAAAAUUCCUCUAUAAUAAUUAAAAAAUAUAAAAUUCUAAAUAAUUUUAGAAUUUUUAUAAAUAGAAUUAAUAAUAAUAAUAAUAAUAAUAAUAAUAAUAAUAAUAAUAAUAAUAAUAAUAAUAAUAAUAAUAAUAAUAAUAAUAAUAAUAUACCCCUUCAUUUUGAUUCAAAUAUAAUAAUUAAUGAUGAAAAUUAUAAAUUAUUAUCAAUAAUAAAUCAAAAAGAUGAUUUAAAAUUUUGGUUUUCAUUAGAAAAAAAUAAUAGAACAAUUGUUUUAAAAGAUUUAAAACAAUUAGAAUAUCAUAGCACUCCUCAAAGUUGCGAUUAUACAUGCUCACUUUUGAACUUCCAAAAGUGUCCCAUUGUUGCUUCAGAUAUAGCUAGUUCCACCCCCUCGAAUAGUACCAUUGAAAGUCAAAACUCUACUGGUUUAAGUUUCAAGAAUAACUUUAGACCCAAAAAUCUUAUUUUCCCACAAUUUAAGAAAAACAAGAUCCAAUAUAAUUCUAUAGACUUGGAUUGGAUAAAGCAUAUUCAUAUUCCAUUGUAUGGUGGUGAAAAAAAAGAAACUUCAAUGAAAUCGUUUAUCGGUAGAAUGUUUCCAGAUAAACUUUCGAGUUUUAUUUCAAGACAUGGCUAUUCUUUCGAAAAAUUAGCUAUUAUUGCAGUUGGUGGCAAAACAUUAAUUAGGUUGGUUAAAGAAAUUGAUGUUUAUAAAAUUAAAUCUAGAUUUAAAAAAAAAACAUCAAAUAUAGUUUUAGAUCAACCUCAAGAUAUAGAUCUAGCACCUCAAGAUAUAGAUAUACAAUCUCAAUCUCAAGCCCCACCAUUUCAACAUAAAUCUGAAGAUACUAGUUUCUUCUUCAAAAAAGGGAAUGCCAAUACAAAAGUUAGCAAGGAGCAUCGUAAAAUUUUUCAUUGUUAUCGUCAAUUAUUUUAUAAAGAACCAUUUUUCCAAAAAAAACCUGUUGCAGCCUUUCAUUUUUUACCCGAUGAUAUAAAAAAUAAGAUAAAAAUAUACACAAAACUACAAGCAAUCAAGCAGGUUAAAACGCAACAUGAAAGUAAUGAAAUUAUUGAAGAAAACUUUUGUUUAAAUCUUUUAGGUUUAAAUGAGGAGAUAUAUAAUAAAAUUAAAAACAAAUUUAAACAGAAAAAUGAACAAAAAAAAAUUUUAAAUGAAAAUCAAAAUCAAAAUCAAAAUCAAAAUCAAAAUCAAAAUCAAAAUCAAAAUCAAAAUCAAAAUCAAAAUCAACUACAUCAAUAUCAAAUAAAUCAAAUCAAAUCAGUUGUUGAUAUUAAUAAACUUACACAUAUUUUUUCUAUGGACACUGGAAGAAGAGAUAUGUUUGCUAUGGUUCAUGAAAGUGAUAUUAAUAGCACCACCACUCGUGGAGAUUUUUUGGUUGUAAAUACAAGGGCCUAUAAUAGAAAGCAAGGUACCCAUUACUAUAACCAAGAGUCGAAAAAUCUUUUUGAAAGCUACCAUCAUGCUUUCAUAAACAACUCUAAACCAAUUCCAAAUGAUGGAAAUAUUUUUAAUUUUUUAAAAGAAAAAUUUGAUUUGAAAAAUUAUCAAAUUGAAAGAGAAAUAAAUAAUAUUUUAUAUUCCCCUAAAAAUAUAAAAAUUCAAAUUAAAAGAUUCAUUACAAAGCAAAGGCAAGAAAAUAAUUUAAAAAAAUUAAUAGAGGCUUUUGUUAUUAAAAAAAUAGGUAGUACCCAAUAUAACUAUCUAUUGCACUUAGAAAAGUUAAAAAUUAUUUCUUCUUGGAAGGAAUUUAUUAUAAUAGGUGUUGGUGCAGGAGGUUUCUCUCAUAAUUCACCAGGUGCUCCUACUUCCUACUCCACCAAAAGAAUCGCAAAUUUAACAAAAUCAAUUGGUUUUGUUGUUUUGACAAUAGAUGAACAUCUUACCUCCCAAAGAUGUCCAUCAUGUGUGAUCGCCCAAGAACCACAACUUAGAAAUAUUUUCCCAAAUUUCCCCGAAUCCACAGUUAAAGAAUUUGAUCAUAACUUAAAAUUAGUAAAGUCCAAUGGAAACUACAAAAUUUUGGAAUGCAAGGCUUCAGAGUUACAUGGAUGUGGUAAUCGUGAUAUUAUUGCCGCCAAAAAUAUUGCAAUCAUUACAAAAGCAAUGUUAUUUUGUCCAGAUUUUAUAAUUAAAUCCUUUUCUCGUGGUUAUAAUGAUCCAGAUGAAGAAAACUUUAAUAUUCUUCAGGAAAAUUCAAAUAAUAAUCAUAGUAAUAUCAAUAAUAAUAAUAAUAAUAAUAAUAAUAAUAAUAAUAAUAAUAAUAAUAAUAAUAAUUAUAACAAUAAUAUUAAUAUUAGAUAA